UUACUCCUGUCGGACCAAAAAGAACCAGCUGCCAACUUCAUUUCCUGCCGCGUCACUCAUGCCCCUUUGAGGCUCUCCGUGGCGGCGAGCAAACAAAAGUGUCUCCAGCGUCGAAGGUUGAUUGACGUCCGAACUUCAGAUACAGUAUUUAAGCCCUUAUCCCGUACACUUCGACAGGAGAUUGGCGAGCGGAGGCAGGGACUUAGUGUUGUACCAGCGACGGGACUUUCAAGUUUUCUCUUGAACAGUGUCUAUUUCCGAGAAGCUACCAGCCGACGCCUGUCCACCAGGAAAUCUUGCAUAAAGGUUCGUUCCGAGUAGAACUCAUCGGGGAACAAACAAGAUUCAGGAAUCCCAAGAAUGUCAGUGAGACUACCCGCUCUUCUUGCCGCCCUGUUGUUGGCACAGAUCCUGUGUGCCCGAGCCUUCACCUACACGCACACCUGGGGCCGCAAGCGUGCAGAGUCCUCGGAGCUCCUCACACCGGAGGCUGCCGCAGACAGUAUCCCUGCAGCGGAGGUUUACGACCAAAGUGAAGGGUCAAAGGUCACGAAAGAAGACUUCAAGAUGGCGGUUCGCACCCUGUUCCGGGUCCUGGGAGACUACCUCCAGAAAAGGACCAAUCAGAACUGACCUACCAUCCAGCACCAGACCUGAUGUGAAGAAAGCAAACAGAGGCUGGAACUAGACGAUGAUGUUGUUUAUGAUGUUGUUAUCUAUUUCUUUUUUGCAAAAAAAGUGCGUAUUGAGCGGAUAGUUACAGCAAAUACAUCACGUUUACAACAUUGUAUGUUCAAAAUUCCCAUACGUUCCAAGGAGGGUACAGUUUUGCCGUACCAUGUGGCCGCCUUUGGCGUUUUUCUGAAAUAUUCAAGCGGCGGUUUAAAGAAUCUGAAUGACGUUAACAUAUUGCAAUUGUGUUGAAAGAAGUUAAAAUCCACACGCUCAGUCACUUCUGUAAAGUUCUGUAAUACGCAGCUGCAUUUUAAAGCGUCUCAACUUGAAUAGUUUGCAAACAAUACUAAAUAAAGGACUUUAGAUUGCUGGGUCUAAGUGCCAGGAAAGGAGAUUAUUGGGUAUCAGUACUAGGUGCAGGUAUUGGGCCUGAUUCAUCCAGGCAGUCCAUGCGACGGAAACCUGGUGUCAUAUUAGUGAAUAAAACACACAUUGUU